AUGCACGAAAUCAUCACCCUCCAGCUCGGCAACCUCAGCAACUACACGGCCACUCACUUCUGGAACGCCCAAGAGUCGUACUUUACGUAUGGAGACCAGGAGCAGUCGCCUGUGAACCACGACAUCCACUGGCGGGCGGGUGUCGGGCACGACGGCUCCGAGACGUUCCUCCCGCGGACCGUCAUCUACGACCUCAAAGGCGGCUUCGGCUCGCUGCGCAAGAUCAACCCGCUCUACGAUGCGACGCUCGAGUCCGACGCCGCCGCCGACUCUCUGUGGUCUGGCCGCGCGACGGUGCACAAGCAAGACGCCGUGAGCCCGAGCGCGUACCAGCAGGGCCUCGACGCCGGCGAGCAGGCGCCGCCGCGGCCCACGGCGUCGAGCGUGCGCUACUGGUCCGACUUCUCGCGCGUCUACUACCACCCGCGGUCGCUGGUCCAGCUCUACGACUUUGAGCUCAACUCGACGAUCCGCCCGUUCGAGCGCUUCGCCAUGGGCGCCGAGCUCUUCUCGUCACUCGACAAGGAGCACGAACUUGUCGACCGCGACUGGCGGCCCUUUGCUGAGGAGUGCGACCUCAUGCAAGGGAUCCAGGUGUUUACGACGCUCGACGAUGCGUGGGGCGGCUUUGCGUCGUCGUAUCUCGAGGCGCUGCGUGACGAGUACCCCAAGACGUGUAUCUGGGUCUGGGGCCUGCAGAACCCGCUUGCUGACGUCCCGAGGGAGAAGCGCCAGCUGCGGCUCGCAAACACGGCGCAGGCACUGAACCAGACCUGCUCACAGGCGUCCAUGGUGGUGCCCCUGUCUCUCCCCGAUGGGCCGCUCCCGUCUGGCGUGGCCCUCGAUCCGAGCUCGCCCUGGCACGUCUCCGGACUGCUGUCCACGGCGGCCGAGAGCGCGGGUCUCCAGUCCCGGCUCGCUAGCCAGCGGCCCACGCUGCUGGACGAUCUGGCCGAGAGUCUCAACACGACGGGGAGUCAGACCCUCGCCGCUGCGGCCAUGGACGUGGGACGACGUGCCGACGAGCUGGAGAGAGAAAAGCUCGACGUGGAUCUGUUCCACCUGGGCCGCCGUGGGCGCAACGAUAGGUACCGAGAGAAGGCUGGACGCGUGUUUGGCCAGCUCUCGUCUCAUCGGGGGACGGCCAAGCCGGAGGAGACUGAAGAGAAAGAGGGCGAAGACCACCGUGUCUCAAGACCAAUAGCUGGAAACCCCGUCAUCCGCCGGUACACAUCCGCUCUGGAGUUCCCGCUGCUCGACAGCUACCCGCAUAUAUACCACGACGUGCCCGCCGGCGAGGCCACCGCGGCGGUGCGGACCGUGCUGUCCACAACAACCGCUAUGACGGCCCGCAUGCGCAACCUGCGAUCGCAAGUGUACCGGUCCGUCGAGUUGGAGGAACGGGAGACGCUGAGCAAUGGCCUGGCCGAAAUCGCCGAUGCCUAUCAAGACGACUGGUCUAGCGGGAGUGACGAGGACGACGACGAUUUAUGA